GGUCGUUUCCACAUCACAAAGAACACCAAGUAUAAUUUGGUCGUUUCGCCCCCACCGGACCGCAAGAGUACCAGCCACCCCUUCGCAUCCCGAACACACGCUCAUCACCUUCAGCACAGUGUACACUCUCCCAUGGCCGUCUCUUCGCUUCGUUUCCCGCUCUGUCCAUUCCUCAUUAAAAACCCAAACCCAACCCCGAGCUUCAGACUUUUCGGAAUCCCAACAUCACCCUUCAGACCAUACUGCUCUUCUUCGUCUUCGUCUUCCUAUUUCGCGUCUCCAUCCUCCGACCACACAUGGGAAUCUAUUCACAAAAAGAAGGUCGUCUUGCGGGUUGGGUAUGUCGGGACCGAUUACAGAGGUCUGCAAAUGCAACGAGAUGAACACUCAUUAUCCACUAUUGAAGAAGAAUUGGAGACGGCCAUUUUUAAGGCCGGUGGGAUUCGUGAUAGUAAUUUUGGGAAUCUCCACAAAAUUGCAUGGGCGAGAAGUAGCCGUACUGAUAAAGGAGUUCACUCGUUGGCGACAACAAUAUCCUUGAAAAUGGAAAUCCCUGAAAAUGCAUGGAAAGAAGACCCUUAUGGCAUGGCUCUUGCAAAUCACAUAAACUAUUAUCUUCCCAAAAAUAUUAAAGUCUUUAGCAUUUUACCCGCACAGAGGAGAUUUGAUCCUAGGAGGGAAUGUAAUCUCCGGAAGUAUUCGUAUCUUCUUCCUGCUGAAAUCAUUGGAAUUAAAAGUUACUUUAGCACAACUGAAGUUGAUCAUCAUCUGUUGGACUUCAACAAUAUAUUGAAUGCUUUUGAGGGAGAACAUCCCUUCCACAAUUAUACAGUACGGUCCAAGUACAGAAAACGGUUUCCUACUAAACAAUCACAUGGAAAUGGCAGUUUUCCCAGAAGAGCAAAAGCAUCUGGUGAGGCAGCCUCUGAGAUCGAGGGAAGCGAUGGAGAAGAUGAUUUUCAGAGUGAUGGGACAAUUGCAUUAGAUGUUGAGAGGAUGAGCAAAACUUCUUUAGAACCCAGUGUUUCCCAUGAACUUCUGGCUGACGCUUGCAACAAGCAUGAAAAUGGUCUGAAGUCCUGCACCACCAAUUUAGUUGUCCAUGCAAGAUGGCUACACGAACCUGACGAGAUGGACAGGAUAGGUGCUUCCCACUUUAGAAAGAUCUUUCACUGUUCUUGUGGAAAGCUGGAGAAAUCACUUGGAUUUCCUUAUGUCGAGCUUUCAAUAUGGGGAGAAUCAUUCAUGUUACAUCAAAUCCGCAAAAUGGUUGGGACUGCUGUGGCUGUAAAGCGCAACUUACUUCCUAGAGAUAUUCUAACUUUGUCGCUUUCCAAGUUCUCACGGAUCAUUCUACCCCUUGCCCCAUCCGAAGUGUUGAUUUUGAGAGGAAAUAGUUUUUCUGUGAGGAAAAGACCAGGAGAUGUAAGGAGGCCUGAAAUGCUAGCGAUAGUUGAAUCAGAAGAAAUUUUGAGGGCGGUUGAUGAUUUCUACACCUCUAUAAUGUUGCCUGAAGUUUCCAACUUACUGGAUCCUUUGGGUUCUCCUUGGAAAGAAUGGGUUGAAAAAUUGGAUGAGCAUACAAGCAUCCCUGAUGCAGAAUUGGAUGAAGUCAGGGAAGCUUGGAAAUUGUGGAAGGAAAAGUUUCGGAGUAAUGCCACAGUUGCAUCAGUCAUAAACCAAUGAGACUAAGAUAAGUUUUUACUCGUAUGAUUUAAUUGUAAAAUUAGUUUUUCCUAGAAUUUGGUUACCUUCUUUAAUUAUAAAUAAUUGGGCUAAACUUCUCACCAGUUACCCACAUCACAUCUUGAAGUUUGCUUAUGUCAUUUGCAAAACUCAAUGAUUGGCAUAAUCCUCAUGUUCCGCCAUCUGUUCCAGUUCUUGUGUGAUUUGGUCAAAGUACCGUGGCAAUUAUUUCUUAGAUAUAGGAUGAAACACUUUCACGAAUUGAGUGAGUAUUAAUACCAUAGGCAUGUCUAAACGCAGCCAUGAUCUUUUGAGAUAUAGCUAUGCUUGCUACCCGCUAUUUAUGCUAUAUUUGUAUUGGCUGAUGAUUGGAUGUGUCCAGAGCAUGGAAGUUUUACUAUUGCAAAUCAAGGCAUGUAAGAAGAAGACUUGGAAAGAAGUUUAAGAGGAAAUAGCCUUCGGUGGCAAGCAUCUAGAUUGGCAAGGUGUUGGAGCAACUGUCGUACGUUUUCUUCCUGCUGAUCGACAAGGUGCUGUUUCCUUGUGACUGGUUGCCAGCAAAUGCAAAAGUUCAAAGCAAGUUACAGUUUUCCUUGUCCUGACGGAUGAACUUUUCAGAGUGCCCAUAACACUACAAAAGUCACAGAUUGUGCAAAACUGAGUUCAAAAGUUGGGUUUUAUUCUCA